AGACUUUAUGCGGUACUGCAUCACUGGAAACCCAGGCAUUGGCAAGACAUAUUUUGGAAGGUUGAUGUUAGUAGAGCUUCUUAAACAAGGCCAAUCAGUUCUGAUAGAUUGUAAAGAUUGCACAUUAUUAAUUUCUCCUGAAGGUGAACUAUAUAAAAUAGAAACGUCGGAAUACAGACAAUUCGCAUCACAACCGAAUACAUGGUGUAUAAUUGACGGAAGAGAGCCCCAAGUGAGUCAUGAUUUUUCUGGAGCAAAGCUAAUUAUGGUUUCCUCGCCUAAGAAAGGAAUCGUUGAGAGAUUUGUCAAAGCUCAGCGGUGCAAAAUAUUCUAUAUGCCAACAUGGAGUGAGGAUGAGAUUGUUGACUGUCAUAAACGUUUGUAUAAAGAGAAAAUUACUCAAGAAUCAUUGAAGAAUAAGUUUGAGUUGUGUGGUGGAAUUGCAAGAUGGAUCUUUGAUAUCACGAUUCUAUUGGAAAAAAUUAAAAACAUUAUUGAUAAGGCAUCUACGUCAAUUAAUCCAAGAAUUAUAGAAUAUCAAGGCCAGCCCCUCAUAGGUGAUGAACUUACACACAAAUUAAUUCAUAUACAUACGAACCUCCCAUCCGACUAUGAGGAAACGACAGAUCCAUACACUGACGCCAUCUGUUUCUUUGCAUCGCAAUACGUGGCAGAUAAAUGUUUAGAUAAAUUAAAACAACAUCAUAGAGAGGCACUUCACAUUUUUAUCGAGAGUGCAAAGGACAUAUCGGAAAUGGGAGGUCUCCGUGGACAGCUAUUUGAAAUGAUAUCGCAUGCGAUUGUUCGUAAAGGAGGGAACUUUCGGGUACGUAAGCUCUUAGACAAGGGUUCAUCAUACGAAGAGAUUCAUAGCUUUAAACCUCUAGAAGAAAAAUUUUUUGAUUGUGUUGAGGAGAUUAAAAAGGAUGAAAAAUACUACCGGCCAACUUCCAAGAAUUUUGAAAGCAUUGAUAGUUACGUCCAUCCAAAUAAGUUAUUUCAAGUCACUGUUGCUAAGAGACAUAGUAUCAAACAAGAUGGAUUAAGGAUGAUUAAGGGAAUUUUGGAUGAAUCUCGUAAAAUUAACUUUUACUUUGUAUUACCAAAAGAUAUAUUUGCAAUAUUCACCAAAAAACAGCCUUAUGAAAAUAUGGGAGAAGGAAAGGUACUUGACGCUUGGAUUUAUGAAAUAGAUCAAUAUGCGUUAUGCUUAGAUCUUAAUCAUUAUUCAAUUUGA